AUGGAAGGAUUUGUAGACAACAGCACGAGCUUGGUCGAGAAGUUGCCAAGAUUUGUGCAGUUGCCAGGGUUACUUAGCUCCCAAGACUAUGAAGUAGUACGCAUUGUGAUCUUGUUGAUAAUUGACCCCUUCCUCUAUCUCUUCGGGAUUACAUCUAACGUCAUCAACAUACGUGUGUUCUGCAAAAUGGGCACUCAAGACACAGUCAGUGUGUCCUUUCUUGCCCUGUCCAUCUCUGAUUUAUGGUACCUAUUCGCUCAAAUACCGGUGACUGUUUGUUACCUCCCUAGCCGAUUCUUCUCAAAAUCUGUUCAAAAUACCGCCGACAUGCCAGCAUUAGGCAUAGUGGUCUCCAGAUAUUCCCAGAUUCCCUACGAUUUCUCGAUUUUUAUCGCGACGUACGUGGCAGUGACUCGCUGCUUCUGCGUCACCUUUCCUUUGAAAUUCGGCGGUAUCUUCACCAGAUCUAGAACAAUAAUGGUUCUUUGUGUCGCUCUGGCAACGAUCGUGAUUUUGUAUAUUCCGAUAUUGUCUUUUCAGUGGUUUAGCUAUCGCUUCGACCCGAGGAGAAACGUCACUCGUUUAACAGGGAGCUUAGCUCCGGAAUGGGUUGUUUGGGACCCAAUACACACGACCAUUUUUAAAAACGUCUACAUCAACAUCUGCUUCAUCACUUGUUGUAUCUCCACCGUCAUCCUCAUUUUGAACCUCUCGUUCGCCGCCAGAACUCGGCAAAAAAUAACGGGGGGUUGGGAGCACAUCGGUACGAAACCUUCGUCGGCAGAAAGCCAGACCACUACGAUGGACGGGACUGCUACUGCAGGAAAAGAAACCUCUAGCAAGGAACACAAGUCGAUGAAGGGUUCAAGUUCAAAACCUGAUAAGAAAACUCUUUCAUCAAGGGACACGCAAGUGAUCAAGUCUGUUAUUUUGGUCACAUUGAUGUUCAUCUGCACCCACAUUCCAGUGGUCAUCUUCGUGGACAUCAUCAAAUUGUUUGAGCCAGAGUUCAACUAUCUGGGUCGAUAUGCCAAAUUGGUUCUGUCGUCUUUUAUGUUGGCUCGGAGCGUGGUUAUCUCCAGCAGUGCGUGCAACUGUCUUGUCUACUUCAACUUCAACACCAAGUACAGAGAGACUUUGAAAGCAUUGUUCAGUCGCCGUGAGUGA